CGGAAGAUUCUAUCAUUAUUAUUCAAGGGCUAUCGUUUUAAUUAAUCACUGCCAUAAAUACGUUGUAUAAUAAAGAAAUGUGUUGGUUAGAAUGCGUAUUGUCAAGUUGAGUGAAAAAUGCUUAUAAUUGCAUUUAACCUUUGGGUAAACAGUUAAAAAUCUAGUCUAUUAAAUGGUAAUUAACGUUGGCAUGCUAAUUUAAAAGUUAAGGUUAAGGUUGGUGCCCACCUCAUUUUCAUAAUAAUGAACAAUGCUUUAUUAACAACAAUAAGUGGGGAAGAGUGAGGAGAGGUGGGACUCAAGUGUUGUGUUUGAUUGCUUUUUAGCCUGGGAUUUUGCGAGGAAGUGAUUGGUUUCGUGCUUCUCCAUAAGACUGACUUUUAAACUUGGUUACCUCCUCUAGUGUUUUGUAGUUUUUUAUUGUAACAAUGGGCAGUGAUAAGGGCAAGAAGGGGGCUUACUCUGACGGCGUGACGAACUAUCUGAUAGCCUACAACGGCAUUCAAACCGUGGGAUGGAGUUACCUUUUGUACCAAAUCAUCGCCUACUACCUGACGGCAUCCGCAACCGUCACGCUGUACGAGACCGUGAAAACCACGGUGAUGAUUUUCCAGAACGCCGCCAUUUUGGAGGUUUUCCACGCCCAGAUGGGUAUCGUGAAGUCCAACCCUGCCAUCACGGCUUUCCAGGUCGCGUCAAGGGUCAUGGUGGUGUGCGGGGUACUCAUGGCAACACUGUCGGCCAGAAGUACCGUCGGACUACCUCUCGCCCUUGUGGCUUGGUCCAUAACCGAGGUGAUCAGAUACGGCAUGUACACGUUGCAGCUGAUAAACUGGAUACCCUAUGUUGUCACGUGGUUAAGAUACUCCACGUUUGUUAUAUUGUAUCCGAUUGGCGUUACCGGCGAACUACUUUGCAUUUACGCAGCCCAACAAGAAAUAGGCGCCAAACAACAAUGGUCCAUAACCAUGCCGAACUCUUUCAACGUGAUUUUCAACUACCAGCACUUCUUAUGGUUUAUCAUGUUCCUGUACAUUCCACUGUUUCCGCAGAUGUACAUGCACAUGGUGCACCAAAGGAAGAAGGUUUUGGGGCCCCACAAAAAGUCUCAAUAAUUCCUGAAGAUCCUCACUAAUAUAAUUUAUAUUGUUCACCAUGUAUAUAAGACAUCUUGUUAAUUUAUUGUUAUUUAAUAAAUACAUACAGGUUUUGGAUAUUUUUUAUUAAAUAAACCUUUUAAUUUUAAUUGCUUAGUGCCCGUUGUAUUUUCCUUGAAUGUCGACUUCUGGACUCGAUUAAUGCUUUCUCCAACUCAUUGGCUAUAUGAAGUAAGUUUGUAGGGUCCGUCUGCAAUAAAAUACUUUCCUUUUCACUCUCCAACUUAUCUUUAUCGCUGGUUUUAAGAGAUAAAUCCAAAGUUAUUAGCGGGGUAACUUGUUCCAACAAAGACCUGGACGAAACUUGCACUUCGAACCUCCACUGUAGGUCGUUGUAAUGGGGCUCAUUCACAGCCAAUUUCGACAAAAUUUGCUGUAUCUCCCCCUGCUUUCUACCAUAAAAAACCCCCAAAACCCCCUGCUGCUCCUGACUGAACCCCAACGUGAGAACCGAGUCACGAAAGUCCGCCUCGCUGAGCUAAAAGAACCCCGUUAUUUAGAAUACGUACAUAACCUCACUCCUUACGUGGUGCUUGCAGCUCAGCAACAGCAGAUUGAUCAACCCGUAGAUGCAGUUCUGCACAGCUUCGCUGUCAACGUUCAGCUUGCCAGCUGCUACAGCGUAACGCUUCAAAUUCGGCCCGUUCUGCAGGAAAUCUAUCGCCAGCUUGCAGAAAUCCUCUAUAACCCCAACGGGUUGCUCUGUAAGCAGAUUCAGGUGCUCUUUGUGGUCUUGUCUCAAAGAAAUCAACAUUUUGGAUGCGUUUGUUUACUUAUUUUUUUGACAUUUGACAUUGCAGUUUAUUUUGA